AGAUUUCAAACUGUGUAAUCAGCAUAUUUUCCCAGACAUACUGUAUGUGGUUUAGCGGGCUCUGUGAUCCUGGAGAGUCCUGUCCUCCUCGUGAUGGAGGGGGAAGCGGUGACUCUGAGCUGCAGACCGAAGCAGACGUCCACCAGUCUCACCACUCAGUUCUUCAAAGAUGGUCACUUCAUGGAGAACAGCGUUACAGGAGUCAUGACCAUCCACAGUGUGUCCAAGUCUCUCAACGGACUCUACGGACUCAGAAUCUCUGGAGUUGGAGACUCACUAGAGAGCUGGCUGGCUAUCAGAGGAGCUGAUUCUACCUUUGGUAUAACCAAAACUUCAGCAUGGCAUGAAAGACUGUAUGGAAAUAUUUAGUGAGACAUGAGAGCUGCCAGUUGACGGAGUCUACACAUAAGCUGAGGACUCUUUUUGAACUACAACAGCUUUCAGAAGCCCAGGAUGUCUCACCUGAAAGAUGGACCAGGUCUUAAGUCUUCACACAGUUCUCUUACUGGUGGUGUUUGUCCUUCUCUCAGCACCCUGUUUUGAAGGUCUGGUGCAUGUAGUCGGUCCGUCUCGGCCAAUAACGGCAACCGUUGGGGAUGAAACCGUUCUGCCAUGCCACCUGGAGCCUGCCACGGCCGCUUCAGGCAUGACCGUAGAGUGGGCGCGACCGGACCUGGACCCCAGGUUUGUCCAUGUGUGGCGUGACGGUGUGGAACUGGAGAGUAAAACCCACCCGUCAUACAAGAGAAGAACGUCGGUGUUCCCUGACAAGCUGAAGCUCGGAGACGUUUCACUGAAUCUCUCCAAAGUGAAACUUUCUGAUGGGGGGACGUAUAAAUGCUUCAUUCCAGGACACGGUUACUCGUUAAUUCAGCUUGUUGUGGGUGCUGUUAGCUCACCUUUCAUAGUGAGUAUCAGCAGAUCCUCCAGUGGCGUUGCUCUGCAGUGUGAGUCUGGAGGCUGGUACCCAGAGCCUGAGGUGUCGUGGCUGGACGCUGAGGGAAACCUCCUCUCUGCUGGACCUACAGAGACCGUCAGAGGUCCUGAUGAUCUCUACACUGUCAGCAGCACAGUGACUGUGGAGAAGAGACCCAGCAACAGAUUCACCUGUAGAGUCCAGCAGAAGGACACCAACCAGACCAGAGAGACACACAUUCAGAUUGCAGCUGAUUUCUUCACGGUGCCACCGAGUUCACCUGUUCGGGUCAACAUUGGUGUUAUUGCUUUGGUCAUUUUCAUUCUGUGUGGUCUGGCAGGUGCCUUUGCUUGGUGGAAAUGGAAAACAUCAAGGCAAACCCUGUAACUCAAGUCUGGGAUGGAACCGUCACGGAAAUGAAGGACAAGAAGAGUUGGUUAUAAAAAUGUAUAGGUCAUUGUUCAAGCAAGUACUACACUGAGGUACUUGACCUUCUUCCUGCGAUUGUAACUUACCAUC